AGAUUUCGUCACAACCUACAAAAUCAGGCAACAAGAAAACCCUUCCUUCGCCUUCGUUCUUCGAACGGUAUGGCCACUGUGUCUACUUGACAACUCUUCAGAUUCGCACUAUAGAUGAACUUCACUCGCUAAAAGAGCCAUGCUUUCGCCACCGGCCGCACUCUGCUUCUUCCAGGUUUGUUUCUAGAUGUGAUUUGUAACCUCCACGAUCACUCCCUCAACAGUCCGCCAUGAAGUAUCUCCUACUCUUGACCCUGCUCUUCAUAAGCACAGCGCUUUCAGCGAAGGUUACAAACCCGAAGAAAGUACCUCGUAAUGCAGCCCUUCUAUCCAAAAUCUCUGCAAUCACCGUCCGAGCCGGCAAGCAGACUGCGUCUCGCCGAGUGUCCCCCGUUUCACAACUAAAAUGCGUCGGCCCUGCAAAAAUAUGCAGCCUGUACUCGAUCGAUUCUAUGCGUUGCACGAACGAGGGUGUCGACUACGAUGAGAGCAAUGUACAAUGGAGCUGUAAAGCCGCACUACCGGACGAGUUCAAACUAGGCAGUACAGACGUGACGUGCGAAGGUUAUGAAAGCAGCGAAGAUCCAUAUGUCCUCAAGGGCAGUUGUGGCGUCGAAUAUAGACUGCUGCUCACGGACAAAGGAGAGGAGAAAUAUGGAUCACAAAUGGGCGGUCUCAACUUUGGUGGCCUGCCAAAAACCUCUUCGGAAAGCAUUGCUGGCUAUGCUUUCAUGGCUCUCUUCGCGCUAGUUCUCUUUAUCAUUCUGCGAGGACUCUACAAGGCAUGGCGGGACAAUACGGUACGGCCGCGACCGCGAGGUGGUGGCUUUGGAGGAUGGGGAGGCGGUAAUGGCGGCGAUGAUGAUCCUCCACCACCUUAUGAUCCUCGUCCUCCGCCACGACCGAAGAAAGCAACCUGGACCUCAGGAUCAAGCUCGGCGUCUUCUUCCACACGACAAGCGGGAGCGAAUCAAGAGCAGGGUUGGCGACCAGGAUUCUGGACUGGUGCGGGUGCAGGCGCCGCUGCAGCUUACAUGGUGGGUAGAGGUGCUCGGACGCAACCUGAGCCACCCCGCAGAGCCCCUUGGGAAGGCGGGCUGUUUGGAGGCAGAAGAGACGAAGGACCUCGGCAGGGUGGAUGGUUUGGAGGAGGUGGUGGCGGCGGCGCCGCACAACGAUCAUCAUCUAGGACGACCAGCUCAAGCCCAAGUUUCUCAAGCACACGACACGAAAGCACUGGCUUUGGAGGGACUAGUCGACGAUAAAGCAUCCAUAUGCAGUAUAGCUGCUCACGAAAGAACCGUAUGUCCAUUGGGAUAUGCUUCUCAGGUAGCUAUCUGGAAUAAUACACCUGCACGCACUGUGUGAAAAGGCCUUCUCUUGCAAACCCUUUCUCCCAACCUAUCCGUCAUGAGACCUCAGUCCUGGCCACAGCCCUCAGGAGAUUCUAGGUAUCCUGCAGUAUAGUGUAGCACAUGUCCCUGGCGCUGCAAGCCGUGCCGAAGUCAGAACGUAAAUACGCGUCUCCACGUGAUAUCAGAAUUGCUUACUAGGCU